AUGGUCCUCAAGCUCUACGGUCACACGCAGUCAAUCUGCACUCGCCGUGUCGCUCUCAUUGCUAAAGAGCUCAACAUCGACUACCAGCUCGUCCCUGUCGAUAUCACGACCGGCGAGCAGAAGUCUCCCGAACAUCUCGCUCGCCACCCAUUUGGCCUCGUCCCCACUAUUGAUGAUGACGGUUUCACCCUGUUCGAAAGUCGGGCGAUCGUUCGCUACCUCGUCGCCAAGUACGGGAAGGGCAGCACCCUGAUCCCGGACACCAAGGACAUCCAAGCGACGGCCAAGUUCGAGCAGGCAAUGAGCAUCGAGAACAACCACUUCGACUCUCUUGCCCAGACUAUCAUGGUCCAGAAGCUGUACAAUCCGAUCCGUGGCUUGAAGUCAGACGAGACGCAACUCAGCGCGUCUAUCAACAGCUUGAAUUCCAAGCUGGAUGUCUAUGAGAAGAUUCUGUCCUCGCAGAAAUAUCUUGCUGGAAGUACGCUGACCAUUUCCGACCUCAUCCAUCUCCCUUGGCUCUAUGGCCUCGGCCAUGCUCAAUUUGAUGCGUUCACCGGUCGCCCCAGUGUGGCUCGUUGGUACGAGGAGAUCAGCACUCGUGAAAGCUGGAAAUCGGUCAAAGAUGGAGCUUGA